ACCAUAUUAAAGUGCGCUGUAGCUAAUUCUAAUCAAGUAUGUAUUGUCAGGAUUCAUGCAAAUGGCAAAAUCAGUGGCUUAUUAUUGUGACUUUAUAAAUUUACUUGACCUUUUAAAGUUCUUCAAAGCUUAUUUCUAAUUGCUUUUUAACGUUAAAACAUGUCUGAAAUUGGUGCAAAGAGAUCAGCUGAAUUCCAGCAAAAUCACAACAAGAAGUCAAAGACUGAGGCCCGUAAUGAGCAAAAGAAUACUCGUAUAGAACGUAAAUCACAUGACAAAAACUUUGAAAUGAUCACGCAGGCCAAGAAGGUCUGGGAACAACUUCGACGUGGAGAUAUUAGUCGUGAAGAGCAAAAGCAAUUGAUGGAAAAGAUCAUGAGUAUUAUUGGUGGCAAAGUUCAAGAUGUUAUUUUUAAGCAUGAUGCCUCUCGUAUUAUCCAAACCUGUCUUAAAAAGGGCAACGCUGAACAAAGAAACCAGAUAGCUGAAGAGUUGAAGGGUAGAUAUCUUGAACUUGCCAAGUCAAUGUAUGGUAAAUUCAUUGUAAUGAAGGCUAUUGAAUACUGUCAUAAGCAGAGAGAUACUAUCUUGGCUGAAUUCAGAACACAUGUCCGUAAAUUGAUUCGUCACAAGGAAGCCGCUACAGUCAUUGAAACAUUCUUUUCACAGUUUGCCAAUGCUGCUCAGAGAAACGAACUGCUUGCAGAAUUUUACGGCCCUGAAAUGACAUUGUUCAAUCAGACUGGUGGAGCCAAGACACUGGAUGACCUGCUUCAAUCUUUCCCCGACAAGAAAGAUGCAGUUCUUAGGCACAUGGCCGAGACACUGAGUGGAUGUAUGGACAAAGGAACAAUUGUUAACAGUAUUGUUCAUAAAGCACUCUAUCAAUAUAUGACAUUAGCCGACGACAAAGGACGAGAAACAAUGCUGGGUCAUCUCAAAGAAUCACUUGCAGACAUUGUUCAUACCCGUGAGGGUGCUUGGGUUGGUAUGAUUUGCCUGUCUAUUGCUACACCCAAGGAUCGUAAGUUGAUCAUUAGAAGCUUUAAACCUUAUUUGCAAAAGAUGGCAUGCGAUGAAUAUGGAUACCUCGUAUUGUUGCGUUUAUUAGACGUUACUGAUGAUACCGUGUUGCUGUCGAAAGCAGUUGUUGGUGAGUUGUGCAAGAACGCCAAGGAACUAUUUGCCGAUAAAUAUGGACGUCGAUUCUUCCUGUACAUCCUGGCUGGACGUAAUACCAAAUACUUGUCACCUGAAACAGUUCAGCUUUUGAAGGAAGGUGAUAAGAUCAGAGUGAGCAAAAAGGACCCUGAAAUCCGAGCCAAGGACAUCUUGAACGCAUGCUCUCCUCAACUCAUCAAAUUGGUUACCGAUAAUGCAGCUAUCUUGAUGAGAGAAAAGCUUAGCUCCCAAGUAGUGCAGGAAAUCAUGCUUCAUGCCUCUGGUGACAAGACUGAAGCAAUCAACGCUAUUUUGGCAUUGGCUGGAGAAAACAUCGAAAAGGAAAACCACAUAAUAGAAGACAGAUUCGGUAACCGCAUUAUCAAAGCUAUGAUCAAAGCAGAUACGGCAGAAGGCCAAAAUGACAGAGCAUUAGAACCACUUGAAUUUGCACCAAAACUUUUAGAAGUGAUUAAGCCUCAUCUUGCUCAUUUUGCUACGAAUCAUGGUAGCUUUAUUGUACUUGCUUUAGCUGAAGAACCUUCGACUAGAAAAGAUGUGAUAAAGCAAUUAAAGCCCCACAAGAAAGAGAUUCAACAAGCUGCGGAAAGCAACCCUGGUUCCAAGUUGCUAUUAGAAACCUUAUCAACCAAAUAAACUUGUAUAUUUUGUUACACUUUAUUCAGAAAUUAUUGACACACAUUACAUGAUCAAUAACAAUUACACUUUAUUCAAAGUGUGAAACUCAGCUCUGUCACACAUUUCUUCCCUGGCAUUCAUUAACUAAAAAAAGCCCAGAUGACAGUUACACAGUUACCAAAAGCCACACUUUAAGUAUUUGUUAGC